AUGUCUCAAUCCAAAUCCCCGGGUAAACUUGAAAUUUACGAGUAUCAAAUAGUCAAAUUUGAUGAUGAAUCGGUGGAUGUGUUGCCGAAUGUUUGGAUCAAAUACGAUUAUAAUUCUGGUUGCAUGACCGCCAAAUACAUGUCUCCUCCAUAUAAUGAAAGUUGUUUAAAAACAUUGAAUCGAAUGAUACAAUUGAAAAUACCACCGUCUGUGGACCCUGUUCUUUCUUGGCCUUAUUAUAAUAUUUCCUUAAUAGGUCAAGCCAAAAGUUUAGAAGAAGGUGAAGAGAAGAUAAGACUUUUCCAUUCAACGUACAAUCGAAAAAGGGUAGUUUUUACUGAAGAUUCGGAUUACACACCUGAGGAAAAAGCGAAGAAAAUAGAGGAAAAAUUUCGACAAAUGCAGCAAAAUAAUAAUGUUGAUAUAUUAAAAGUUCAACGAAUAGAAUCUGAUACAUCAAAUUCAAGUCAUGAGUCUUCAGAAGGCGAAAAUGAUUGUGAAAAUUUGUUUAAAAAGAAAAAAAAACAGAUUGUUUAUGUUGGUAAAAAAACUACGAAGUCUAAUAAUGGAAAAAGAAAAAGAUCUAGUUCCAGUGACGAAAAUGAUAAUACCGAUAUUACAUUAUCUUCUUUAAGUGGAGUCCUUCAAAAAAAUAGCUCAAGUCCUACAUCUAUAAAAAAUGAUAAUAAAAGAAGUGGAAAUGUAGACGGUGUUAAUAUAAAUUCGUUAAAAAAUAAAAACUUUGGAGAAGAUGCUUUUUUUGAAAAAUUAAAUCAAAUUUCUUCUGAAAAUCGAGCUAUUAGUCAACAAGUAAAAGAAUUUGAUUAUGAAUUAUCAGAAGCCAUGACUAGAAUGAGGCGUAUUGAACAAAUGCUGGAAACAGUCUUAGAAAAAAUGGGGAUGCAAACAAAUAGAGGUUUUGCAGUGGACAAUAAUUUAAACUUGCCAUUUGAAGAAUAUGAAGAGUUUAAAGCAUUUGAUGAAAAGUUGUUUACAGAUCAAGAGUUUCAGAAAAAUUUUGUGAAUGCUGUUACAAUGUCUCACUUUGAUCAAAGAACCAAAAAGAACAUAUCGGAGAAAGCUGUAAGUGAUGGGAUUGGAAUUGUUCUUUCGAAUGUAAAGGAUUGGGAAGGAGGAAGAAAGAUGCGAAAAACUGCCUAA